GGAUCCUGCGGUCAGACUGGCGCCCUCGGGUGAGUGCGUCUCGGUUUUUUGGUUCGUAAGUGCGCUAUGCGAUCUCCAAACCCCGCUUCUCCAUACCUGCGUUUCGAGGGUGUCCCAGCAAAUUAAAACCUCUGAAGGCGGUCGUCGCUCUCGCUCUGAGUCCGCCCCUUUCGCCUGUCGCGGCGUCGCCAGAAGACUCGGUUCGGUCCUGGGAGUCUGGGUCCGGUUCCGGUUAAAAUCGCUCUGACGCAGGUACCGGCCCCAACUUUUUGCCUCCGGUCCGUAGAGACACUGACCUCCUGCAGCGACGUUUUCCUACUCUGACUCCCUUUCUCAAACCUUGAUGUGACUCCCGGCUCCCCUCCACCACCCCCCCGCCCGGGCCCAAUGCCGUUUUGUCAAGUCCUCACUCAGGAGGUGGCUCGCCCUUGACCUCCCUCCAAGGAGAGCAGAGAGGGAAUACAAAGGCAGAAGAAUAUGCAGUUAGUGAGGCAUCAGAACGUUUGGGGAGAAAGAACGACAGAGAUUGCAGCAGAGCGAGGCCUAACAGUGUGAGAGGAGGACUAGGGAGGGAGGGAAACAAAAUGAUGCGUGUGAACGAGAGGAGAAAACACAGAAAUGGACACAAAAGGAGAGGAGAGAAACAGAAGGACCCAGGGAGACAUAUACAGGGAACAAAGCACGUGGUGCUGGAGAAAGGGGGAACCCAAACCCAGACUCAUCUUACCUGAAGAAUCUAACAAGAAAUUCAGAGGAGGAGGAAAGAAGAAGGAAUGGAGCUUUCACAGACUGUUUACAUUAAAGGAUGUGGCCAUUGAAUUCUCUCAGGAGGAGUGGGAAUGCCUGGACCCUGCUCAGAGGGCCUUGUACAGGGACGUGAUGCUGGAGGCCUGCAGGAACCUGCUCUCCCUGAGUGAGGAUAACUCCUCUCUGGAAGUCGAUUUAAAAAAUCAUUGACAAGAUAUCAAGGAGCUUUCUUUGUUUUCUUCUAGAAGUUUUUUUUUCAG